CCUUCGUCUUCUUCUUCCACCAAUACUAAUCUAACUAAUGGAAACGAAGAGGAAAUAUGCAGUGCUGUUAUGUGCAGAGGAUUCCGAGUACGUGAAGAAUGAAUACGGAGGAUAUCUGAAGGUCUUCAUGGGAUUAUUAGAGGAAGAAGGAGAAGAAUGGGAAGCUUACCGGGUGGCGAGGGGAGAGUUUCCGGCCGACGGCGAUGUGGAGAGCUACGACGGCUUCGUUAUCAGUGGAAGCUGCAGCGACGCUCAUGGCGAUGAGGAUUGGAUCAAGAAGCUUAUAGAGUUUGUGAGAAGGCUGAAUGCUCGUAAGAAGAAGCUAUUGGGUGUUUGCUUUGGUCAUCAGAUAAUUGGCAGAGCAUUGGGAGGCAACACAGGAAGAGCAUUCAAAGGAUGGGAUAUAGGGGUGACUCCCCUUCAUCUCUCUUCUUCAUUGAACAAGUUCUUCUCUCCACUCGAUGUCCCCCCUCAGCUUUCUGUGAUUGAAUGCCAUCGUGAUGAGGUGUUGGAGUUGCCACCAUUUGUAGAAGUAUUGGCUCGAUCGGAGAAGACGGGGAUUGAGAUGUUUAAGUGUGAUGAUCAUAUUAUGGGAAUUCAAGGCCAUCCUGAGUACACCAAAGGCAUCCUUUUGCACCUUGUUGAUCGCCUUCUUGAUUCCAAUCUCAUUGAGAAAUCCCAUGCUGAAAAUGUGAAGAAGGAAUUGAAUGAGAGAGAGCCAGACAGAGAAGCUUGGGAGAGGUUGUGCAGAGUCUUCUUGAAGGGAAAGCUGUCUCAAUAAACAAAGUUGUGAUUUAGCAGAUGUUGGAGAUUAGAAGUCUUUGAAGUUUUUAUAUAAGGAAAAAUAUAUUAAUUAAUGGCUAUGGUAAUCUGUAUUAGCUUAAUUGUCCUACAAAUGAUCAGUUAUCGCAAGGUAAAUUAAGGUCUUAUGCAACUAAUGAAAGUCUAGAGCUUAUUCGAAAGAUUUGAUCAAAA